AUGAAUAGCCUCUUAGUCACAAUCUCCCAAUUUGCUGGCGCCAUCGGCGCCACCUUCCAACACAAGCCAGCCGCUGUUGCGUCGUCAGCCGUAAAUACAACGACUUGUAAUGGUAUUAACUAUGUGUAUGAGGAACUAGCCGGCUAUGGAUAUGUUGUCACGGACGCGGUCGAUAAGUACGGAGACACGCUUGGCGGGCUCGGUUCAUCUAUACAUCUAGAGAGUGGCGCAUGGAAGAAGCUCGACAAUGGGAGCUAUUCCGGCGUAUUAUGGUCUUUGCCAGACCGUGGUUGGAACACCGAAGGGACUCUCAACUUCAACCCUCGAGUCCAUAAGUUCAACAUCACCUUCACUCCACAGUCAAAUGCAACCGUGGACGAUCCAUCAGGCCCGAACUUGUACUUCGAGUAUCUGGACACAAUACUUUUCUCUGGGCCCGACGGAACGCCUUGCACUGGGCUGGACGCUGAUGCUACAGGAAACAUCUCAUACACUGGCUUCCCCGUCCUCCCCAUUGCUACUUACACAGGUGACGGCUUUGGCAAUGAUGGUCCGGGCGGUAAACGUGUCCCGGUCGAUUCGGAAGGGUUGUAUGUGAAUGACGACUCGAGCUUUUGGGUGUCUGACGAAUAUGGCCCCUAUAUAUAUCUUUUCGGUCCAGACGGGAAAAUGCUCACUGCUAUUCGUCCCAAUGAUGCCAUCGUUCCCGUCCGCAAUGACACUGUCUCAUUCUCGGCUGAUAGCCCUCCACGUUAUGUUGAUGAUGGAGAAGGCGAUGACGUAGACCCGGGAGAUCCAGACAGUGGUCGCGAUAAUAAUCAUGGGUUCGAAGGCCUCACUGUUUCGGGAGAUGGCAAGUCCCUGUGGGCACUUUUGCAAGCUUCGACUGUCCAAGAUGGUGGCCUAGAUAAACAAACCAUGCGAUAUACGCGCUUGCUCAAGUACGAUAUUUCAAAUCGACUCUCUCCCGUCUACGAAGGGGAAUGGGUCGUGCCCCUGCCGUUGUACGACGACCCCACAGCAAAGUCAUCGAAGAAUCCAAUGGUUGCGGCACAGUCCGAGAUACAUUCUCUAGAUAAUGGCCAGUUCUUUGUCUUGUCUAGAGACUCCGGCGCGGGACACGGGGCUGACAGCUCACUUUCCGUCUAUCGUCAAAUCGACGUGUUCGAUCUCUCUAACGCGACGGACAUCAAGGCUGCUGGGGACUAUGACUGUGUUGGUUGCAAUGUUGCCAAAGAGAAGAGUGGGGACCUAAAGAAGAAGAUCACCACCGCGACGUACUGUAGCUUCCUAGACUUCAACGUUAAUGAACAGCUGAAUCGGUUUGGAGUGCAUAAUGGUGGCGAUCAAGAUCAAUAUUUGCUGAAUGAGAAAUGGGAAUCCAUCGGAAUGGUUCCUGUUGACCCCACCAAUUCGACUGGGGAGUUUUACGUCUUCAGCCUUAGUGAUAAUGAUUUUAUCACCCAAAACGGAUUUAUGGACGGUGGCAAGCUACCAUAUGCCGACAGUAGCGGUUAUAAUCUAGAUAGCCAGGCCCUCGUAUUCAAGAUCCAGAUUUCAACUUGA